UUCCCACUUGCAUCCAUAUUCAACUAUUGUAAUUAAUAUGUGAUAUCCUUUAAUUAUCAACUAAACAAACAGAAGAAUUCAAAUCACCAAGAAAAGUGUAGACCCAUGUUUUGUAAUAUUGGUUAAACUCUCUUCCACUAGGACAAAGUUCCUAUAUUGAAAUAUAAUUAUGGUGCAUCAUCUUGUACGUCACAUGAAAAGCCUUCCUCUCCUCUUCCCAAGAAUGAUCUCUUCCAUUUAUAUAUAAUCCUUUCUGUUGCAAACCAUGCUGAAGAGAAAAGUCUCUCUCUCACCAAAACUUGUAAAGACAUUCAUUAUAUAUAUGCCAUUUCUAUAUAACAUGUGGCCUACAUUAGUAGCUAAUAAGAUACUCAAAAAGAGACUAGGAAGCACCAAUUUUGUAGCAGAUAAUCCUAGUUUUGAUGAACCCUUGUUGAAUUAUGCAGACAUUGAUCUUACUCCUGAAACAGUUCUUAAUCAUCACAAGGAGAAACACAAAUCCAAGAUAUUUGUUAGUACAUGGAACGUAGGUGGGAUUGCACCAGAAGAAGAUCUAAAUAUUGAUGAUUUGUUGGAGACAAACAACAACUUUUGUGACAUCUAUGUACUUGGGUUUCAAGAAAUAGUGCCUCUAAAAGCUUCAAAUGUUUUAGGAUCAGAAAACACUGAAAUUUCCAAUAAAUGGAAUUCCAUAAUCAGAAAAGCUUUGAAUAAGGAUCAAAGUGAAUCUCCACAUGAUGAUUUCCAAUGUAUAAUUAGCAAACAAAUGGUUGGAAUAUUCAUAUCUGUAUGGACAAAAGGAGAUAUUCGUCCAUUCAUUCAACAUCCAAGUGUUUCAUGCAUAGGUUGUGGAAUAAUGGGAUGUUUAGGAAACAAGGGUUCUGUGACAGUGAGAUUUCAAUUAAAUGAAACAAGUUUCUGCUUUGUGUGUAGCCAUCUAGCUUCUGGUGGCAAAGAAGGAGAUGAAAAGUGUAGAAAUUCUAAUGUUGCUGAAAUUUUUUCUAGGACUACUUUUCCUAGAGGUCCUUUACAUGAUUUGCCAAGAAAUAUUCUAGAUCAUGAUCAUGUAAUAUUGCUUGGAGAUUUAAAUUAUAGGAUUUCUCUACCAGAAGAAACAACACGCUUACUUGUUGAGAAAAAGGAGUGGGAUUCCUUAUUAGAAAAUGACCAACUAAUGAUGGAGCUAAUGAAUGGCAACAAUUUAAGAGGGUGGCAUGAAGGACCAAUCAAAUUUGCACCUACCUAUAAAUAUUGUCCAAAUUCAGAUAUAUAUUAUGGUUGCUGUUGUCAUGGAAAAAAGAUAGAAAAGAGAAGAGCACCAGCAUGGUGUGAUAGAAUAGUAUGGUAUGGAAAGGGUUUGAAGCAACUUGAGUACACAAGGAGUGAAUCAAAACUAUCAGAUCAUAGGCCUGUUAGGGCAAUAUUUACAGCAGUGGCAAGGGUUUCAUCAGAGGUCAAAAGCUUAAAGAGCUUGUCACUAUCAGAAAGAUUUGAGCAAAUUAAAACUCCUUUUGAAGUUUCCACCACUGAUAAACUUGUAUGUAGAAAACAAUUAAGCUUCCGGUUGUGAAUUAAUCAUAGUGUGAUUAUGGACAUAAAUUAAUGUGUAUAAAUGAGAAGAGAGAAUUAGAUUUUGAGUGGAAAAGAAAGUGGGAAAGUUGUUACAAAGGGUAUAAAGUUUUUUUUGUUGCUGAGGAGUAUACAGUGUAGUUGGUUGUUGUUGAAUUAUGUAGAUAACAUGUUAUUAUAAUGUGAAAGAUGUUGCAACUUGAAAGUUUAAACACUACAGUCCCAAUUGAAUGAUUUUAUGUAUCUUGAAGCUUAAAAUUAAAAUAUCAUCUAGUGUCCACUCCAAAUUGAUUAAACAAAAUUUUCUUCUAGAGUGCAACUGAGAAUCAAAUAAAUGGGAGGAUACAAACUCAUUUGUUAAUCAUGAUAAUAAACAAAAAGUAAAACACCUCUUCCAAUAAGACCUGAGUUAUAAAUUAUAUGCCAAUUAUUGAGCUAGUUGGAAGGACAUUAAUUGGUCAUAAUAAUAUUUUUAUAAUGAAGGCUGAAAAAAAACAGAUUUUGAUAGCAAUCUAAGUAUGAGUAUUGAUUUUUAUAUAUAAAAUUUGGUUGAUUAAUCUAUCCUUUAGCAUAUUAGAUUAUAGUCAAUCUCUUGGUUUUCUUGUUCUGGUGGUUUUGUCUCCAACUAGUCAUGUUCAUUCAGAUGCCAUUUCAAUUCCUGAGAGAUCUAAGGUUGUUGGUUUUUCU